AUGGCAGACGGUGGGAGCCUCCACAACGUGCCACUGGUACUGGACAAUGGUAGUGGUACUAUUCGAGCCGGCUUUGCUGGUUCGGAUCUCCCAGCUGCUUACUUCCCUUCCUACGUCGGUCGCCCUAAGCACGUGCGGACUCUGGCUGGCGCACUCGAAGGGGACAUUUUCAUCGGCCCCAAGGUCCAGGAACUGCGAGGCCUUCUUAAAAUCAAAUACCCUCUCGAACAUGGGAUAGUCACUGAUUGGGAUGAUAUGGAGAAAAUCUGGACCUACGUCUAUGAACAAGAACUGAAGACACUGAGUGAAGAACACCCGGUCCUCCUGACUGAGGCUCCCCUAAAUCCUAGACAAAACAGAGAGACCGCUGCUCAGAUUCUGUUCGAGCAAUUCAAUGUCCCUGCGAUAUACAUGUCCAUCCAAGCAGUGCUCAGUCUGUACGCCAGCGGUCGCACCACGGGUCUUGUUCUUGACAGUGGCGAUGGAGUUACACACGCUGUCCCAGUAUACGACGGUUUCUCUAUCACCAAUGCGACCCGGCGUAUUGACGUGGCAGGAAGAGAUAUCACAGAGCAUCUGCAAUUGUUGUUGAGGAAAAACGGACACGUUUUCCACACCAGUUCAGAGAAGGAGAUCGUAAGGACAAUCAAGGAAAAAACCUCUUACGUGGCCCUCGAUCCUAGGAAAGAAGAGAAGGAUUGGUCUCAAGGAAUCUGGAAGAAUGAGAAGAGGGAUGUCGACUACGUUCUGCCCGACGGUCAAAAGAUCAAGAUCGGUGCAGAAAGAUUCCGAGCCCCUGAAAUCUUAUUUGAGCCUGAGCUGAUCGGGCUAGAAUACCCGGGCUUGCAUCAAAUGGUGGUUGACUCUAUCAAUCGAACCGACAUGGACCUUCGAAAGAAUCUGUUUGGAAAUGUCGUCCUGAGCGGUGGAACAACAUUGUGUAAAGGGUUUCCGGACCGACUGCUGUAUGAGAUGCAACGACUGGCGGUCAAGGACAUGAGAAUUAAGAUCUUUGCUCCCCCCGAAAGGAAGUAUACCACCUGGAUCGGUGGAAGUAUCUUGGCGGGAUUGAGCACAUUCAGGAAGAUGUGGGUCAGCAUUGACGACUGGCAUGAGAACCCAGACAUCAUCCACACCAAGUUCACCUGA